GGGGGGGGGGCGUCGGAGCUGUGGGUACCGUUGACAGUUAGGCCUCUGUGCGCAUGCGCAGUGGUUGCCUCUUCUGAAGUGCGCAAGCGCGUUUGUGUUUGGCGGUAUUCCUAGUUGCCGGUUACUGAGAAGUGGCAGCUACCCAAACGCGGAUCCUCACUGCUGGGGUGUCGUGGCCAGGCGGGUUUGGCCUGUCUCCGGCGCUAGUGUUGGGCUCGGGAGGCAGCGGAAAGGGAGGGCGGGGUGAAGUCUCUGUGGAGCCCGCAGGCUUCGCAAUGAAGAGGAUUUGGGGGUUCGGGAGGGAGAAGGGCAGGUCGCCCAUGGGCUCCGCUUCUGGCUUGCAGAGGCAGGGCAGGGGCGUUGGGCAGAAGAACAAUACAACUGACAACUUGCUGCUGGGUUACCAUGUCCAAGACAGAGAUCUCAGAAAGAUCCACAAGGCUGCCUGCAUGGGCAACGCAGCGCAAGUGCAGCAGAUUCUGUUCUUCGCGGAAAAUGGCGUGGAUGAUAGAGACAAGAUGAACAGGACUGCUCUCCAUUUGGCCUGUGCCAAUGGCCAUCCAGAAGUGGUGACCCUCCUAGUAGAGAGGAAAUGUCAUCUUAACCUCUGUGAUAAUGAAAACAGGACAGCUCUCAUGAAGGCCGUACAGUGCCAGGAAGAGAAAUGCGUAAACAUACUAUUGGAAAAUGGUGCCGAUCCAAAUAUUAGGGAUGUGAGUGGCAACACUGCUCUCCACUAUGCGGCCUUUGGUGAUAAUAUAUCCAUAAUAGAGAAACUGCUGCUAUACAAUGCGAAUACUGAAGCAAGAAAUAAGGAUAACAUCACACCACUUCUAGUUGCUGUAAAUGAAAACAAACAGCAAAUAGUGGAAGUUCUGGUAGAAAAGGCAGCAAAUAUACAUGCAGAGGAUAAAUUAAAAAGCAGUAACGAAAUAAUUUGCCGACAUAAAGAAGAAAUCAUGCUGAAAAAUUCUUUGCAAAACAGCCAUCCUGGAGCAGAUAAGAAUGCUGAGGAAGAUUCUAUAGCCAGGCUUUCUGACAAACCUGGUCCUGAUGAUUCAUGGCCUACAUCAUCUAGCCAAGUCUUACAUUUUGGUACCAAGGAAGGAACAGCAAAGUCAGCAAUGGAAGCAAAGGAAGAUGGUGUUGGUAUUAUUGAAAGUGUGCCACCAGAGCAAACAGUUAAUGACCGUGUGACUUUUGCUGGUGGAGUGCAUAAAAAUUACAGAAGUGAUAUGAUGUUAGCAGUAGAAUUAGGAGAAGAGGGAGAUGUAGAAUCACCUUCUCUUCCUGAGGAUAAGGUGUUUUUACAAACAUGUAUCCUGGCAGAAAAGACAUGUGAAAAUCAAAACAAGGAAAUUAACCAUCUGUUUUUGCAACUGCAAAAAAUGACUCAAGAACCAGCAAUGAAUAAGGAAUGUGAUAGGGAGCAUGAUACAUCUGUAUAUUUAAGACAUGCUUCUAUGCAAAACUUUGAGGAAAUGUGGAUCAAAUAAGACAAAUUAGACUGGAAAAAUAGCUUAAAACUCAUCACCAGUGAAUGAAAGCUGAAGUUGUUGAAAUUUGUUAAUAAUACAGCCUUCCUACUCAUCUUGAAGAACCACCAUGGGGUCACUCUAAGAAGGAACCAACUGAAAGGACAUACCUUUGAAUUGGACAAAUACUGUAGUUGAUUGUGAGGAAGAAGAUGCAUUUGGAGUGUCUGUCUCGGUAGUAUUUCAGGCAUUUCCCGAACAAAAAGAGCCUAGUCUUGAAAAUGUCAUUCUCUCUCAUUCUUACUCUGGGUCCCCAGAAUAUGCUGGCCAGUCAUCUUCUAAGCUUUCUUUAAAUGAAGCAAAUCAUCCGGGACAUAUAAAUCAAAACCACACUGAGAUAUCAUCUCACACCAGUCAAGAGUGGCUAAAUGACCAAAUCAGGAGACUAUGGAUGCUGGGGAGGAUGUGGAGAAACAAGAACCCUCUUGCACUGUUGGUGGGAAUGCAAACUGGUGCAGCCACUCUGGAAAACAGUGUGGAGGUUCCUCAAAACAUGAAAAAUAGAUCUACCCUAUGACCCAGCAACAGCACUGCUAGGAAUUUACCCAAGGGAUACAGGAGUGCUGAUGUGUAGGGGCACUUGUACCCCAAUGUUUAUAGCAACACUUUCAACAAUCGCCAAAUUUAUGGAAAGAGUCUAAAUGUCCAUCACCUGACAAAUGGAUAAAGAAAUUGUGCUUUAUAUACACAAUGGAAUACUACUUGGCCAUGAGAAAGAAUGAAAUAUGGCCUUUUGUAGCAAUGUGGAUGGAACUGGAGAGUGUGAUGCUAAGUGGAAUAAGUCAUACAGAGAAAGACAGAUACCAUAUGUUUUCACUCUUUUGUGGAUCCUGAGAAACGUAACAGAAGACCAUGGGGGAGGGGAAGUGAAAACAAAACAAAACAAAACAAAACCUUAGAGAGGGAGAGAGCCAAACCAUAAGAGACUCUUACAAACUGAGAAUAAACUGAGGAUUGAUGGGGGAUGGGAGGGAGGGGAGGCUGGGUGAUGGGCAUUGAGGAGGGCAGCUGUUGGGAUGAACACUGGGUGUUGUAUGGAAACCAGUUUGACAAUAAAUUUCAUAUUACAGAAAGAAAGAAAGUAAAUCAGACUAUGAAAAUGAGAACAAAGCAGACAUCGAGCAUCUUUUUAACAACAAUGAGGAUUUUAAAAAUGAUAUAGAAAAUAAAAAAGCAAGGAAACCACUAGUUACAUUUAAAGUGAAGGAAGGCCAAGAGUUGGACAUGCAAAUGGCAAAAAAUAUGGACCAAAAUACCACCGACUGUAAAUUAGACCUCACUCUAGUGAUUCAGAGAGCCUUUUUCAUUUGUGGAUUGUCUGCUGCGAUGUGAUGAAACACAUGGUUCAAACAAAAAGGCAUGAUAUUUCUGCUGUCACAAACACGAGAAAACAAAACCAGUACAAGACUUUUUUCCAGAAGCCUUUAUAUGCAGAUAAUGACAGUACUCCUAACUAUAAAAGUAUUAAUUCUGAAUUAGAAAUUGUGAGUUCUUCUUCAGCAUCUAGUUUUCCAGCAUCUGAAGUAUAUCUAAGUGAAGAAUUACAUCAAGAUAUGCAAAGGUUUAAGAAUGAGAUAGGCAUGUCUCAAGUAGAGUUCCUGUCUUUGGAAAGAGAGAAAGUUCAACCUCCAAAAGAGAAGGAGGUCUGCCUUGCUGUUACCCUUGUUUUUUCUCUUUAGCAAUUAUCUAAUCCAUUCUGAUUUUCCACUUAAGAGAACAAGAGUUGCAUAAAAUGGAAUUGUCUAAAUAAGUAAUUGUGUCUGGAAAUAGAUUAUUUCUGCUAUCUAACAAAUAGGAGUUCAGGAAAACAUUCGUAUGAUUUGUUUUCCUUAAAGUUUCUGUGUCAGUCUUCCAAGUAGUAUAUGAACUGGGAAACUAACUUAGCUAUAUAAGUACCAUGUGACCUCAUGAACCAGAAUAACCAUAAGGAAACUGCUUAAAAAACAUAAUAAUCUCCAGGUUUUUUAAAAAUACAUUGACUUAAAUAUAAAUUGCAUUUCCAUAAACAAUAAAAUGAGAAAGAAGCAAUAACUAAGAGAAGGAAUAUAAACACAUGUUCCCAGCUAAAGCAAUCUAUGUAUUGCUUCAGUAUGUGUCUGUAGACUCUGGGUCUAGGUUUCUUGCUUGUCUAGCAAGACAGCGGGAUGCAGGAUUACAAUGGGAGAGACAGCUAAUGUCCCGGAGAACACACGAGCCCGGAUUAAGGGUCCUUGCUCUAUUUUUAAUAGGAUCAGAAGGCUUCCAAACAUGGUGAUGGACGUGCACAAAGAGACAAUCAGUCUGUGAACAUGAACUCAUGGGCAUGAGGGAAAGGGGGUUUCAAGAUCUAGGGUGUUAGGGGUUAGGGUCAAUAUGAAACAAAAUCCUGGCGCCUGGCAGAUGGUUGUUAACAGCUGACCUGAGGCAGCUUCUCUGUUUAUCUUAGCUAGUCUAGGGGAGAAGACAGAUGCUACCUCAGGAUCCACAAGGCACCUUUCUUUUGCUAAUUAGCUCCCCUCUGGGCAUCUUCACCCUGCAGCCUACAGCCUAUAGCCCUAUUUACCUGUUUACCUCAUUUGGUCCUUCCUUCCUGUGAAAGCAGCUUUCUGCCAUAGUACUCAAUUGGGGAGUGUGUCCUCCUGAAUAUCUAAUCUUGUUUACCUCACACACCUUGGUCUUAGAGCCUUUGCCCCGCCCUCUCUAUACCUAGAUACCUAAUCUUGUUUGCCCAAACUUGGGUGUGAGCAUCCUAUGGCUUUGUAAUUUUUUACACCUGGUUAACCCAUCAGUGCAGGCUCAGGGAAUUCCUAAGCUUAUUCCCCACAAAUAUAUGCAGUCUUGUCUGCUUUACUCACAAUCUUGGAACUUAGAAUUUCUACAUGACCCCUUUGAGGUAGGUUUAAUAACAGCUAUUUGUAUUGUCAACCCCUUUUUUCCACAUUUUUUAAUCAUCAUUCUCAGAUGUUUCUGUUGAGUCAAACCUUCACUUUAUGUUCAAUAAAGUAUGAUACCUUUUGGCUUGUAUGAUUUUUUUUUUAAACGUUUAUUUAUUUUUGAGACAGAGACAGAGCAUGAGCGGGGGAGGGUCAGAGAGAGAGAGGGAGACACAGAAUCGGAAACAGGCUUCAGGCUCCAAGCUGUCAGCACAGAGCCCGACGCGGGACUGGAACUCACGGACCGCGAGAUCAUGACCUGAGCUGAAGUCGGACGCUCAACCGACCGAGCCACCCAGGCGCCCCUGGCCUGUAUGAUUUUUACCAUGUAGGUAGCAUAAACCUUCAGCAAACCUUCAGUAUUUAACUCCAAGGGAGAAAACUGAGUUUUGAGAUGUGUGGACUUUAGAAAUAGACAAAAUCUAGAGGUACCCUCCUUUAAAAGAAUAAGUAGCUAAUCUCCUCGUCCCCUAUCAAGGUAUUAAUUUACUGUGCCAAAGUCACACUUUUCAUGCAUCUGAUUAAUUUAAUGAAUUUGUGGUCAUUUCUCUGACUCAGCAUUCAAGCAUCGUAUUAUCUCUUUUGGUGCCAUAAAAUGCUAGGGAAUGCCACUUUAGGAACUUGGGACAAAUCAUUUAACCUUUUUGAGUUUUACUCGUGUUAUCAGUAGCAAAUGGGAUUAAAGGUGAUCAUUACUUUUAUACCCUCUCCCUAUAAAGUUUUAUGGUUAUUGAAGGUGAGAUUCGGAGAGCGUUACUAAUUUCCCAGAAUUCCACCCUAACGUCCAUUUCACUUUGUUCCUUUUGUGUUGUGGCAAACUUUGGUUCAUAAAUUUAGGGGACACUGUCACUUUUUUUGAGAACCUUAGGAUCCAAAAGAAAAAGAACUGUAAAAGGCAGUCAGGGAAAGAAUAGCUCCGUGCAGAAAGAGGAAAGCUUCCUGGUUUUGUUACUGGAGCACCUCCAUGUCCCAUGUUUUAAAUCUGGCUGUUGUGUAAAACCCAGGUGGUAAGGAAAGAAAAGGACAAAUUUUGUCUCUUGUCUUUUUAUGUCUUUGUAUCUCUUGGUCAGAUGGGGUGGGGGGUGGUGGGGAAUUCUCGGUAGCAAAGUGUGGAUAUGAAUAAGAGUACAAAAUUAAGAAAGCCCUUUUAGAAAUUUUGGUAACUUCUGCUU